AGAUGUUUUUUAGUUUUUGUUUACGUUGACUACGUUGACUCUUCUUGACUCUACAUCCUGACAUCUUUGAAAAAAGUGAAAUUAAAUUAGUUAGAGGAAAGUGAAAAGUGCCGAAAUUCUCCAAGAAAAUCAACAAAAAUGAAACUUUACGUUUUUCUAUUAUAUGUCACUUGUUUCAAAUGUAUCUCAGCAUUCGACUCUGAACAAUUAGAGGUUUUUGAUGCUGUGGAUGAAGUUAAAAUUAACUUUUAUGAUCUCCUGAACGUUUCCAAAGAUGCUGCAAGUUCAGAGAUCCGUUCAGCCUUCAGAUCGCUAUCCUUAAAACUUCAUCCAGAUAAAAACCUAGAAAGUGAUACAUCCGAACAAUUUAGAAAUUUGGUUUCAGUUUAUGAAAUUUUAAAGAGUCCUUCAAAAAGAAAAUACUAUGAUGAAGUUUUAGUUAACGGGCUACCAAAUUGGAGAUCUGCAGUUUAUUAUUAUAGAUAUGUUCGGAAAAUGGGCAUGACCGAAGUUUGUAUUAUUUUAUUUGUUUUUAUUACCGUUGGACAGUAUUUGGUAAAUUGGGCCGCAUAUUUUGAGAAGAAAUUUACUUUGCAAGAAAAUACCAAAAAGAAGAAGGUAGGACGAAAAGGAAAGAAUACAGAAGAAGAAAUAGAUUUAAACAUGUAUAUCCAAAAACCGUCAUUUAUUGAUACUCUUCCAUUCCAAAUACCUAAAUUAGUUUGGGUAACUAUUAUAUCUUUGCCAUCAGCAUUAGGUUUUCUGAAAGAUUCGGUGGCACAACAAAUAGAAGAAGUCACCAAACCACCUCCAGAGCCAGAACCAGUGCCUGUUAAAAUAAAAACAGUAAGAAAAAGAAAUAAAUUUGUCGUUCCUGAAGGGCCUAAUUUUGAGACUCUUGGCUCAGAAACAAAUUAUAAUGAAUCUGAACAAACUUCUACCCCUUUGCCGAUCAUCGGUGGACUAUGGACUGAUGAUGAUUUAGAGGAGUUGAUUCGUCUAGUGAAAAAAUUUCCACAAGGAUCUGCUAAGAGAUGGGAAAAUAUUGCAGAAGCCUUGGGAAGAUCGGUGCAAGAAGUAACAUAUAUGGCAAACAAAAUGAAAGAGAAUGGUUACAGGAAUCCCACAGAAACCGAGGAAGAAGCACCACAAAUUAAAAUGAAACAAAAAACGAAAAAGGAGACUGAUACUGGGGAUAGUGUAAAAAAGUGGUCGCAAGUACAGCAAAGAGCUUUGGAAGAUGCUCUAGCUAAAUAUCCAAAGGGAUGUGCUGAAAGGUGGGAUAAAAUUGCAGACCGUGUUCCUGGAAAAGCCAAAGAAGAAUGCAUGAUGAGGUUUAAAUAUUUAGCAGAAACUUUAAAGAAGCAAAAAGAACCGUCUGGGGAUGGUGUAGAUGUUGAUAAUGAAACUAGUAAUGAAUAAAUAUUUUAUUAAGUAAAUGUGUUUUGACCAGAUUUCACAAAUAAAUUCCUAAUGUCUAGCUGGAACCAAGUUAGCCAGAUAAUUGCUACUGAAAUCAACAAAAUUAUUUUUUUGUCUCAGUGCAGCAUCUUGUUGGAUAUUGUCGUACCAUCUGGAGACAUUAAGGAAUUUCUCUUUGUCUAAACUUGAUAAUCCAGCCUGAAACAAAAUUUGAAGCCAAGAUAUUCAACAUUGAGGCUGCAUUUCUUACCAUAAUAUCAGCCAACACGUAAUACAAGAACACAUCUGAAACAGUUAACCUAUGACCAACAAGAUAGGUUUGUGUAGAUAAGAUUGUGUUCAGAUCCUGAAAAUAUGUUUUCAUAUGGAAUUGAUUUGUGAAAUUGUAUAUAGAUAUAGAAAAACCUACCCUCAAUAAAACUUUAACGUUCUGGCCAUUAUUUGCAUUUGCAGCAUACACAAUGCCAUAUUCAAGCCACUGAAACAUUGCAGCUUCCUGUAAAGGGUCGUUGGGUCCUAAAUUUGACUUUGAAUCUUUGAGGAAAGAGAAAAUUAUAUUUAUUGUUCCAGUUGAUGUUUGGUUGUUGUUGACGCGGGUGUAGA